ACUGGCUUAGCUGCAAGCACAAGCAUUGACUUCCUUAAAGGGACAGUAGCGCAGUACCCUUUUGCAGCUGUUCUCCCCCCUCACAUGGCUGAGGAAGUGUAAAUCCCAUUUACAACAAAACCCUUUACAGAACCAACGUCAGCAUGGCUUUGAUGGGGAUACAGAUGGUGGUCACCUUACUGGUGGCUAGUUUUAUGCAGAGAGUGUCCCCUCAUUACUCCCUUGCUCGUUGGCUUCUAUGCAAUGGCAGUUUGUUCCGUUACAAACAUCCAACUGAGGAUGAGCUGAGAUUACUUGCUGGGAAGCAGAAACCCAAAGCCAAGAGAGAGAGGAGAAUGAAUGGGGUUACAGAUGAGAAGCCGCUGACUGUCCCAAGAGAUAUAGACCUGCAUUUGGAUGUACAACCAAUUACUACUAUUGAUGCCCUUGUGCUUCGUUAUUUCUUGGAGUACCAGUGGUUUAUAGACUUUGCUCUGUACUCGACUAUCAUAUACCUGUUCACUGAAGGAUACUACUGUCUUGUGGAUGUCCAGAGUGAAGUCAACAUUGGGGUUCUGUGGUGUCUGAUGACUGUCCUUUUUUCCAUUAAAGUCCUUUUCACAAUGAUGCAGCAUUACUUCCGAUCAGAAGAAGGGGGAGAGCGUUCUGUCUGCCUGACCUUUGCCUUCUUUUUCCUGCUCAUCGCCAUGAUAGUGAUGGUUGUGAGGGAAGAGUAUCUGGAGUUUGGGCUGGAACCAGGUCUGAACAGCAUCUGCAACAAUUUGGAAAUAUUAAUGAAGCAGCGAGGCUGGCAGAUGUCUAUCCCCUUUAUUAAACUUGCAUUCAAAAUUGCGCUGGUUGCCUUCAGCUCUUUCCUUGGUGCCUGUCUGACAUUUCCUGGCUUGCGACUGGCUCAGACUCACUUGGAUGCCCUUAAGAUGGCUGCAGACAGACCGAUACUCCAGCUUCUACUCCAUGCCAGCUUUCUGCCUCCUGUCAUUGUGGUGAUAUUGUGGAUCCGGCCAAUUACCAGAGACUUCCUCUUGAAAGCACCAAUGGGUAAACAGUCUGUACAGCUCAUGUCUGACUCUACUUACAACACCUUUCGCUUGUGGAUCAUCGUGAUUCUGUGCCUCCUCCGUCUCUCUUUGACCCGCUUCCAUUUGCAAGCAUAUCUUGGACUUGCUGAUCGUUGGGUGGAAAAGAUGAAAAGGGAGGCGGGUCGCAUAUCUAUGUUGGAAAUUCAGCGUAAAAUUUCUCGAAUCUUUUGUUACCUCACUGUGGUAGCAUUGCAGUAUUUGGCACCAAUCAUUCUUACCCUUCACUGCAUUUUCUUACUUAAAUCCAUGGGUAGGUAAAAAUGUGUUGCAGGU